ACAUCCAGCGGCGGGGAAUUCGGGUCCGGAUUAGGCACUCCUAAUAUUGUGGGCGGGCCUACACGAGAGGAAUCCGGAAGCGCCGCGCGACUGGUGGCGGCUGGGGCCAGAGAUCCCGGCUGGGGUCCAGUAUGUCUUCUCUUCGGAAGCAGGUGUUUACCGAGAAAGUGCUGAAGAGGCUUUUCCCUAAUGUUUCAAAUGGUCAAGAAAAGGGGACUCCCCAGCCUCCAGCCUCCGAGACACCAUCCAAGGAUGUGACCCCUGAAGCAGUACAGCAGAAGGAUGCUCACAGUCUGACAGAUGGUGACAUUAAGAUCCAGCCUGAACGUCGGCUCUACACUGUGAGUUUGCCUCCUCAAGGGUAUAUCCCCUGUUUGCCCGAACCGACCAGCUGUGCGGAUUCUGAGAAUGCCUCCAGCGGUGGUGACACAGAAGAUCUGGAACUUCCUGAGCAACCAAAAAGACGAAGAAUUAGAAGACACAAAUCAAAGAAGAAUAUUACAAACCUCAGUGACGUUAUUGUAAGGCAAACCGAACUAGAGACCCAACAAAAGAAAAUGCACCCACAGCAUCCAGACCCCCCUGCCCUGAGCAAAAAUAAAAGAAGAAAACUAAAGACGAAGCUGCGGCUUAGGAGGAAGAGAGAAGCCGGCCUAGCCACGAAGGCCUCUGGGGUCAGCUUCACCUACCAGCCCGAGAGCAGCGAGGAGGCAGAGGCUGAAGAUGAUGUGGGAGGAGAGGAGGAAGGUGAUCCGGAGCGCUCGGUCACAGACAUCACCCAGGAAGACAUUGAGCUGGCCAGCAGCAGGGCGGAGGGCGUACUGAGUUUUCUGAAGUCAACACAAGAACUUUAUUUCUACGAUGAUACUCCCAGAGACGAUCCAGCUGUGUGCCCAGAGACCGCUGAAGAGCUGCUUCACCUCCUUGAGUCCGGAGGCAUGCCUCCCGCGGACGUGCUCAUCCUGGACCACAUGAAAACCCUGCUGCUUCUGCAGGACACUGAGAGACUGAAGAGCGCCCUGGAGAUGUUCCCAGAGCACUGUACGAUGCCUCCAGACCAUGCCAAGAUAAUCACAGCCUUCUUUAAUUAUUGGAUCACGCAGAUUCUUCCUGAAAAAAGCAGCGAAUAAGAUCAGCAUCACCUAAGAAGAGCUGUCAUGCUGGGCGUAGUGGCGCACACCUCUAAUCCCAGCACUCGGGAGGCAGAGGCAGGCAGAUUUCUGAGUUGGAGGCCAGCCUGGUCUACAAAGACACAGCUGGAUCGAGAAGUUUACAUGAAGCAACAAAAUACCGUGAAGCAGGUGCUGGAGAGAGACAGUGAGCACUGAAGAGCAGCGCUGAUCUUGCAGAGGACCCAGGUUCAGUUCUUAGCCCACACGGUGGCUCACAACCAUUCACAAUUUCAGUUCCAGGUAAUUGAAUGUCUUGUUUUGGCCUUUGCAGACAUCAGGCAUACACACAGUGCACAUAAAUAUAUACAGGAAAAACAUUCAUGCACAUAAACAUAUUUAAAUGAGAAUUUUUGUCCAUCGCCAGCAUAUCUUGUAUAGUUAUCAAUGGUGUCCUACUAAUGACAGAUAAAAGAGAGGGACUUGUAAAACUAAUCAAAGAUGAUACAGUUUCCACCCAAAUUUCACAUUUAAUGGGGUAUCACAGCAAAAUACAUCAGGAUCAUUAAGGAUGGAUAAGAAUGCCACACAAAUCACCAUCAAGUCUGAACUUCCCAAGAGGCAAACUUGAAGUCAUUGUCAACUCUAGAAAUGCCUUAAAGUCACUGGUGCUGACCAACAGUGUCACUUUUUGGGAGUAAGAUAGCUAAGCUGGGGCCAAAUGUUAAAAGAUUUAUGACUUGUAACAUCAUCAAGUCCUUUAUGAUAUCGAAGCAAAAUGUAUGCCAGAGCUUGACAAUAAAGACAGGCUUACAGAUGUAGUUUUUUUGGUUUUUUUUUUUGUUUGUUUGUUUGUUUUUUAGUGAAUUUAACUGCUUGCUUAAAUGAAUUAAGCAUGUGUCAUCAAGAUGAAAACCAACUUUCAAUGCGUGUCAAACUAUGACAGCUUUCAAAGGAAAUUGAAAUGAUAGCAAGCCCCAGUUGAGUCCAGCGUUGUUUGUAUUUUGAUACACUGAUUAAACACCAUGUUGUGGGGCAAAAUUAUAACCUUAAUCUUUUGAUAUUACAUUUUUAAAACAUUUCAUACAGUCCAGGAAAAUAUCAGUACUUCAGUAUAUUUAUGACUCCAUUUUCCGUUGAAUGUUCCGUAUGUUACCUGCCAAUUUUCAGACAGAAUGCACAGUGUUUCCAAUGACAUUCAAAUUAAAGAAUAAAAAAAAAAAAGAGAGAGACAAGGUAGCCUGGAACUCGGUGUGUAGACCAAGCUGACUCCAACUUACAGAGCUCCAUCUGCCUCAGCCUCCCAGUGCUGGGGUCAAAGGCGUGUGCCACCAUGCCCAGCUGAGAAAAUCUCUAUUGUAUCUCUUUGUUAUGGGGCCCAUCCUCACAGGAACAAAUAUCCUUUCUUGCACAAGUACACCCUUUUCAGGCCAUCCCAUCUCCACAUUCAUAGCACUGAUAUACGUGAGCAACUAUUUUCAAGAAUGGAAGACACUUGAACAAAUUAUUCGAUGCUCAGCUUGAGAACACAGCCAAGAAUCUCAGCUACACCUAUCAAACGAGAUCUUGACGCCUUCAUCCUCAAAUUAAACAUCGAGUCUUCCACUGGUUUUAUGCUGCCCUCUUCUAUAAUAAGUAGAUAAAUCAGUGAAGUUUUAUUAAUUCUA